AUGAAGAAGGAAGACGAGCUUACUCGACUGAAACGCAAUGCUUCGAAACUUCUUCAGCAAGCUCAUAAACAAACCCAUGCUCAACAACGGCGACUCUCUACAAAUGGAAGAUGCAGGUCAGCAUGCGAUCAGUUGGAUGCACGUAUCAGAAAACGUUUGGACUCUUUCACUCCUGUGAAAUGGGCUGGGAAACCAAACAAUUUGUCGCCUCUGAUGUUUGCAUCACAUGGAUGGAUAUGUAUAUCCUCAGAUAUGGUGCAGUGUGAGGCCUGUGGUCAAUAUAUGAGUGUACUGAUACCCUCGCUAGUGCAUACCGAUGUUAUUGUUUAUCAGAAAUCAGUCAGAAUGCUUGUUUCCAUGAUCACCAUGAAACAUCAUGUUACAUGUCCGUAUAGGUAUACUUCUUCUGGUACGGACGAUGCCGUACCAUUGAACGCUCUCUGUAAAGACGUUGUUAAUCAAAGGUAA